AUGGACCGCGGUGAUUAUUUUGAAGAUGCAAGCAGUGGCAGCAAUAAUAAAAAUGCAAAGGGACGGGUAAACUGUAGAGCUCGUUCCCGAACACGUAAUCCACAUAGAGGGCGGUCGAAAUCUCGAUCGCAGUCGCGUUAUAGGAAAUUCCCACUAUGCUGGUACCACGCGAAAUUUGGGAACCGCGCGAACAAAUGCGUGGCACCAUGUGACUACAAGACGGGAAACUGCAAGGACAGUCCUUAA